CACGUCUCGAUCCAUUGCCUCCGGUUCUGCUUCUCUCGUUGGCCCCAACCACGGUACGUCGGCCCAGUCGCAUGAUGACACGCAAGCCCUCCUGGACAUGCUUCAACUGUACCCCUCGGAGUCUCCCAACGAUGCUGACGAGGAACCCACUAGCCCCCUGGAGACCAUCCCGUCUGAGCCUGAG